AUGGCCGUGUCGAGCCCAAUGGAUAUUGAAUGCUCUUUACGUGAUUGUGGCUUCACAUGCAGUUCCCUAGCGCACUCCUCUCAAACAGAUGGACAAGUACGAGAAGUUCCUCCCUCAUUUCUUGACCAUCUACCUGAACCAACUGAUUUUGCCAUCUAUGACCGGCAAUCAUCAUGGCUUCUUCAACUCCGUAGCGUUUGGCGUGAGCACGCUACACGAGAACAUGCAGGUGAAGGACGUACUUUGCCGGUCAAGACAUGGUAUUUGCACCACGAUGAUGUCCCUCGAUGCAGCAAUCCCAGAACGGCGCAACUUGACUACAUGGAUCACCUAUGGUUAGGAGAUAUGCGAGCUGAAUGGGCACAUAUGAUUCGAGAUGGUGAACCGUUGCACCUCACCUUUGUUGUUCCUACUCCUCCACGGGCAGAUGAUCAACCAUUCGCACCACAUGUCAUCCUUUCUCAAGGUCACCGCAUUGAUCGAGCUGGCACUGUUAUGACUGCCCGAUUUAUUGAAAAUCACCGCACUCAGCUUUUGCAAGAGGCAGUUUCAGCACCAGCUUGGAUGUGUGGGUCCAGAGCCAUUGAUCUGCUUCGAAUUGCGCAUUUGACGCAGGAUCGAAGGUGGAUCGCAAGAAGUGGGAUCAUGAUGUUUGCUGUUGAUGAACUUGAACAAAUUCCUGACGGCAUUGCCAUUGACAUUGACAUUCGUGUGCCGCUGCCGGAGGAGGACAUUGUGUCAUUUGCUGCUUGGACUCGACGCAACUAUCCUCCGGAUCAGCCAAUCUUUGAAUUACCCCAAGCAGUUCAAAAUCACGAACAUGGACAGCAACCUGAGCAGGAUGAUGAUGAAUCCAGUUCAAGCGCUGAUGAAGCGGCAGACAUUGGUCAGGAUUGGAGAUUCACACACGUGUUUCGUACACGGCGGCGUGUCUUUCAUGGAUAUUUGCCUUGGGAUGAUGCUUUCACAUUUCAGCAGCGUGUUUCAGCCCUAACCAACGUUGAUGAAGAUGACAUCACCUUUUGUCAUCACGUGGAACAUCGUCCAGCAGAUUUACAAGCAGCUCAUACUGAAGUUUUGCUCAUGCAAACAGUCAGUGACUUGCCGAUCGGCUCGGUGCAUCGACUUGUCCUCGUUGACAUUGAGUUUCACGAACAUUGGCCUUCCACAGACCAUUCUACCUCUAGGAGAUGUCUGUCACUGCCUCAUCAAGUUCAUCGUCGUACUCUGCUCCGUCUCCUUGGGCUUGAGACAUAUUGCGAAAAGGAAAGAUCCAAAUGUUUGAUGUGGCGCAAUCACCAGAUUAUCAAACUGCAGCGCCACGGAACAUUCUUCCUUGAGCACGGCGAUUACUUGAGACUCGCAGUGCCUCCAGAACCGAAUGCUGCCUUGACUGUUUCCACCCGGUCAUGUGUUAGCCAAUCACGACACCAACGAGGACAGAAACGACUUCGACAUCAUGCUCGACCACGUAGUCCUCAACACGAAGAUGGCAUGACUGAAGCUGACGAUUACGAGCGCAGGGCGUAUCCACAACAUCCUGAUGAAGACGUCUCAACUUUUGUCCAACAGCCGCUGUCAUUUGGUACGCAUCGUCCUUUGCCGUCAGAUCAAAUGUUGAUGUCCGAAGUUGCUCAACUGUGCUCAUCUCAAAUGGUACUUUGUCCUGUUCCUCAUGGCGCAGUUGCUUCGUCAACAUCCUCAUCAGUACAGCACCCUACGGGCACCUGGCACUCAUAUCAGACAGCACCGCCAGAUGCUCUUGCCUCUUUUACAGGGCACUUGCAUUCGUUUCUUUCUCGAUCGAAUGGGAUGCAACCUGCUACCCUGGAGGCUGGCAUUUAUUUGGAAGUUUGGUUCAGUGACCAUUUACGGCGCCCACACAGCGGCAUCGGGCGACUUGUGUUGCUGCCGCAGGACAGCAUUGAUUGGAUGACUGCGAUUAUCGCCGCAUGGGAUGACCUUCUUGAUCCAACUUUGCCAUGGAGCUGUCAUAUUGUUGAGACACAUGUUGGAGCAGGAGAUCCUGAUGCAGCAGCACAGUUGAUCAUUGUGCAAAAUCCUCAACCUGACCAUGUUUCCGUUUUGGCCACAGUAUACGGAGGCGAAGUUUGUGCAGACGAUGCAGUUUUGAUGUGUUACACACUUCCCUGCUCUCAGCCGCAUCAGCAUUUGAUGCUUCUCCUUGCACAAGGUCUUCACCGUGGGCAACAACCAAAUGGACUGCGUACUUGGUGGCGCGACCGUGACAUAACGGACAUCCCCCAGGUUGAACUUCAGCAUGGUGCUGCAUUGACAGUGUGUGCACAGACCUCAUCAUCAGCUCAUUAUGACGGAGAGAACACGAAUGCAGCAUGUGAUGAUGCCACCUCAAUGCUACAGCAUCACCUUACAACCCGUACACAGAUUCAGCUGGAACGACUUGUCCCGGUCCCUGCACCACCCGUUUGGGUUGAAAUUGAUUGUCAACGUCUUGACUUUCUGCGCAAUCAAUUGCGUAGUUUUCCACCCAUUCAGCCCAUGUUUGACCGAGCAUUUUGUGAUUGGCAUUCAUCCACCUCAGAAGCAUUUGGUGAUAUCCGUGACUGGUCAGAUGACAUACCAGAGGGCUUCACAUUCUACACUGAUGGCUCGUCUCACAGAGGUUCUGGUCAGGCUGCUGCAGCAGUCGUCCUUAUUGUGACUACGGCAGAUGGACCCAGAUGGGGUGGUUUCGCAACAACUUCUUGCCUUGGAUCGCCCUCAGCACCACGUGCUGAAGCCACAGCCCUGAUGCUGGCUAUUCGAUGGUGUAUUCAGCUAUCUGCCGAGUACAAGGGUAUGAAGCCUUGGUAUGAGUUUGCGUUUGAUUGUCAACACGUGGUGAUCACAAUGCCAAUGAGAGCCUUAUUGCAUUGGAUUGAGUCUGAUUUAUCAGCGGCCCUCACCUGGACGCAUCUUCGAAGUCAUCAAGGCCAUCCAUGGAAUGAAGCCGCUGAUGCUCUUUGCAAACACACGCUGAAUCAUGCAGCAACAGUGCUUGACCUUGCUGAAUUUCAUCAACAAUGCACCUUUGACGGCACUGACUUGUACAUGAUCCAAUGGCUAUGGCUCUUUGAACGUUCUCUUCAAGGAUGUCCUGAUGCUCCUCCGUUGGUCAACCUUCGAUGGCGUUUGGACAUUGCCCAACCAUUGAUGAGCGAGCCUCAUGCAGCAAUCCAUCCUGCUAUGAAGCGUCGUGAUCUACAACCUGAUGGACCCCGUGAAAUGGUGCACUUGAACCUUCAUGUUGGUACAGCGAAUGUCCUCACGCUUUACCCAGAGCAAGAUUAUGCUUCACAAUACAUGAGCGCUCGUGCUGAAAGUCUUGCACGUCAAUUCCAUGAUUGCAAUUUGCAGAUCAUUGGUCUUCAAGAGACUAGGUCGCGUUUGGAUGGGCACACCAUGUUAGACAACUUUCAUGUACUUUCCGCGCCUGCUCAGAAACGUGGUCAUGGAGGCGUCCAACUUUGGGUCAAGAGGACUUUACAUGAUGAUCAACUCCGUCUUGAUAUUGAACAGAGUCAUUUGUUCAUCUUGCACGCAAGCUCUCGUCGUCUUGUCGUACGACUUGCCUGCGGUGGGCUUCGUUUGCUUUUGAUUGUGCUACACGCACCCACAGAUGACGACGAAGCGACCCUCAGCAAAUUUUGGACGGCUACUUCAGCCGCUAUACCGCAGGCUUACCUCAGUUGGAAGUGCAUUGUGCUUGCGGAUGCCAAUAGUCGCCUUGGCUCAUCAAACACAGAGGCGGUCGGCGAUUAUCAGGCAACCACUGAGAAUGAAAAGGGACUACACUUUCAUCGUUGGUUGUUGGCACGAUCUCUCUUCUUGCCUCAGACAUUUGCUGAACAUCAUCAUGGAGAAGGAAUGACCUGGACACACCCAACAGGCACUAAAGCCAGGCUCGACUACGUUGCGUGCUCCGAAGCUUUGCGCUCAGCUCAGUUGUCUACCUGGAUUGACGAGCGAAUUGAUUUAUCACUACUGACCGAAGUGGCGCCAUAUCCUACCUGGGCGACUGAUGUCCACACUCAUGCAGCAGUGCUACAAAGUCUUUGGCAACAACCCACUCAGUCCAACAAGGUCAUGCGCAAAAAGCACCUUUCUGCAGACACUAUCAAACUGAUUGCUGCUAAACGAUUUCAUCGACAUCAACUGGGCAAGAUCAGACGACACCGGAGACAGGCAGUUCUGCGGCAAGUUUUUGACAGUUGGCGCAGUCAGCAUCCAUGUGAAGUCCAGUUCCAACCUUGGUUACGACAUUGUGACCGACUUGAAGCAGUUCAUGGAGCACAUUUUGCCGACCUCUCCCCACGUGUCGUGAUUGCAGUCAGACAGGACGACAUGGACUUUUACGAGUCCUUGGCCGCCCAAGCUGGCUCUGAGUCCUUUUGUGGCUCACGGCGGCUUUGGGCUGCUAUUCGAGAGACCACAACCUAUCCGGACCUCCUGCACGAAUGCUGGCGCAACCAACAGCACAACAUGUAUGAUGCUCCGCUUGAAGUUCCUCUUCGUGAUCUUCCUACGAGAGCAGCCAUAGAGAACCAUUGCGCCAGGCUGAAGAUUCAGAAAGCUCCAGGUCUCGACCAGAUUUCUCCUGAGACGCUUCGCCAGCAUGGUGUUGACAACGCUCCAGCUUUGACACAACUGCUGAUGAAGAUCUGGCUGACAGGAGCAGAACCAGUGCAGUUCAAAGGCGGACUCAUCCACACCAUCAGCAAAAAGCAGAAGAGCAAUCGGAUCGCUGACAUGAGGGGAAUCGCACUUCUCGACGGCAUUGCAAAGCUCUCACACGCUAUGUUGAGACAGCAAUAUAUUCCUCAUUUGUCAUUGCGGAGUGCUCCUCUACAACUUGGCGGCUUUGCACAUCAGUCCACUCUUUUCGCGACACAAUACCUGCGAGCCUGCGCACAUCAUGCAUCCAACAAACACUUGUCAUCAUGUGUGUUGUUUCUGGACAUCAAGAGCGCAUUUCACUCGCUGAUACGUGAAAUUGUGUUUGACAUGGGCACCGCUUUGCCACAGAGAUUACAAACUGUGCUUGAACAAGCAGGGCCCACCGAUACACUUGGUUCACAAAUGCUGCCCCACAUACAGGAUGCAUGGCGUGUCAUGGGCUUGAGUAUGCCUGUGGUAGCAUGGAUCGACGAUUUGGCGAUCCCGGUGGUGACCACUACAGCCAACACUCUUGUUGAGACCGUUCAGGAAAUUCUGGAGGAGGUGGUCCGCAUUGGCAAGACUUUUGGGCUCAUCCUCAACAUGCAUGCCAAGAAGACGGAAGCGGUGAUUGCCUUUAGAGGUGACGGUGCACAAGCCCAACGGCAACUUUGGUUUGGUGAACGUCAAGGUGCCAUUCAUGUGCUCAACAUGGAGCAGGUGCUACGCUGUGUUCCACGCUACGAACAUCUUGGCACCAUGUUUUCAGCGGAUGGGACAAUCGCAGCUGAGCUUCAUCACCGCCUCACCAAAGCAAUUGCAGCUCACCAUCAGGUGCGCAGACCAAUACUGGCCAACAAACACAUUGCCAGCGGCACAAGACUCAAACUACUUGAAGGACUUGUCGCUCCGGUGCUUUUCUACGGCGCUGGAAGCUGGCCACUGUUAAGCCAUCGCCAAAUCACCCGGAUUCACGGGCAGUACAUGAAAUGGAUUCGAUCCAUCAUCGCCAACGGUUGCUGGACGUCGGAUAUGUUGUCCGACCAACAAGUGCUUCUUCUUUGGCGUCUCCCUUCUGUUUCUCUUCGUUUGGCGAAAAUGCGUUUGCUUCACGCAUUCCAUUUCAUCAAUGAUUGCCCGCACGCGAUUGUCGAUGUUGUCACGGCAACUGAAAAGCAUCAGGCAUCAUGGAUUCCAGCCUUGCGACAUGCUCUAUGCUGGCUUCAAACCAUGGACCCUGCUCUUUUUGGAUGGGACCCACGCAAUGCUCCGCUACCAGACCUCUUUGAAUGGCUGUCUACACAUCGAGCAGAUGGUCCUCGUUUGGUUCGACGGCUUUACUAUCGGGCGCUACAGCAAGGCUUUGUGAUUGGCAGAGUGGUUCAGGCACAUUGGAAAUUGAAAGCAUGUUUGCAACAGUCACCUUCAUCUUCCUUGCCUCCCUCGCAGACUGACGUCCUGAUUUCAACCUUUGUUUGUCGACGAUGCGCAAGCAAGUUUGGUACACUCCAUCAGUUGCAAGUGCAUCUCUGGCUUGCACAUGAAGAGAUUUCCGAGGAGCGUAGCAUGAUGACCUCUACGACUUGCAAUGCGUGCAAUGUUUGCUUUUGGAGCUCGCAGCGCCUUCAACAGCACCUUAGACAUAGUCGUCGACACGUCAAUGGAGAGAUUUCAUCGCCAGCCGGCGAUGCGGGUGGCUUCUGUCCAUCUUCACGAGAAGUUCAGCUUUGUUCUAGGGAAGCAGCAGAUCAAGUUUGGCAGAUGCGUUGGAGAGAAGAAGGCUUGCCUGUGAACAUUGAGACGGACUGGACCAGACAGCUCUUCAAGCAAUUUGAUGACGUUUUGUUUACCCAAUCAGAGAUGCGAGCCGAAGCUGUCAACGAUGUCAUCUUUCGGCUCACUGGUUUGGCGUCUCACUUUGCUCAUGAGGUUGCACCGGCGCCGAUAGGCGAAUGGGCACUAUGUGUAUGGAUCCUCGACCAUGUGAAAAGGGACAGAUUUUGGAACGUGAACUUGGAUCUCUUCUUGCACAUUGACAAAGCCUUGAGAGAGUUGCUUCUUGAAUCCCACAUUGGUCAACUGAUUUGCUGGCGGCGACGCAUGGAUGAGGCCUACCAGCCGAUCACGGCCGAUGACAAGGUGAAUAGGCAUUCACGAUGUGAGCUCGAACCUAUUCCUGACCCAUGCAGUUUGCAGAUGCGUCUCCUUUUGCCUGUGUUUGAGGAUAAGGUUUGUUUUACCCCUUCCAUUAAGGUUCCUCUUAUUUUGUUUGAGGGUCGACCUACUAUUCUCAUCAUCCACCUCUUUAGUGGACGCAGACGAGUUGGAGAUUGCCACUGGUGGUUGGAGCAUUUGAGUGCCAAGCUCCUGCCAGAAUACCCAGUGAAGAUGAUUGCCGUCGACACGGCGAUUGACCCAGUGUUUGGUGAUUUGUCCUCAGGUGCAAACUAUGACCUUAUUCUGGGUAUGGCAAAAGGCGGUGCCAUCGCGGUUGACACCGGCACCGAGCUCAUGUUCAACUCUCUGCAGGUCGAGGUUUCCGUUGCACAAGCUGGUGGAGGCAGUUUGAUGGAACACCCAGCGGAACCACAAGCGGAUGAGAAAGUCUCAGUGUGGAGGCUUCAAUGCCACACCGAUUGGUGCAUGAGGAUCCGGGAAGCUUGCCAACACAGGGUUGACCAAUGGCUCUAUGGAGCCGUUGGCGUCAAGCCCACAACGCUCCGUGCUCUUCAUCUAGGCCCCCCGGAAGUGGUUGGCCGUGCUUUGAUCGACGGAGCUGAACCAUGGCGCACCCGGCCGACUUGCGGCCUACGAGGACGCGGAUCUGAUGGACGUUUCCUGACUGCACGGGCAAAGGAAUAUCCCAGCGCCCUGUGCAGGAGCAUCCUGGUGGCAGUCCUGAAAGGGCUACGUCACAGGAUUCACCGUGAUGGUGUCGCGGAAAUUUUUUCCCCAGAUCAUGCGCAGCUGAAUUGGCUCACGCAUAUGUGCAGUCAAUCUGAGGCCUUUACUCUGCAGUCAUAUCUGCCUGACUAUCAGAGAGCAUAA